AUGGAGGGGGCUGCCGGGUUUGAAAAACUCAUCAUACCGUUGGACUUUUGUGCCGAGAAUCAGACGCUAGAGACGCAAGCACAGAGCGAGCUCAGAAACAUUGUUGACUCUUUCCAGCCUGCAAUUGAGGCGGCCAUUGGUUACGGCUCGGGGAUUCUUCCGCAAGACGGGUACGGCAGUGACACGGGAGACAGAUCCGACACCAAGCAGUUGGACUUUAUCUUUUUGGUCAAGGACUCGGCCCAGUUCCACAGGGAAAACUUACAGCAGAACCCGGGACACUACUCGGCCAAAUCGCUCAUGUGGAUCAACUUGAUCCAGGGCAAGGGCAUCUUCUUCAACCCCUAUGUUUCCAUCCAGAACCACGUGACAAAGUACGGCGUGGUGGACGAGCGGAGCGCACUCAUGGACUUGAGCGAGUGGUCGUCGCUCUACUUUGCAGGGCGGAUGCAGAAACCGGUCAACUACAUCAAAGAACACGACGUCAUGGUCAAGUUUUUGAACCAGUACAACCUCAAGAACGCCAUGACCAUAGCGAUUUUUUUGAUCCAGUCCAACCAGUUUUCCGAAAGGGAACUCUACGAGCAGAUCACCAGUUUGUCGUACUUGGGCGAUUUCCGCAUGUACGUGGGAGGCGAGAACCCGAACAAGGUGCGCAACAUUGUCUCCAAGCAGUUCCACCACUUUCGCAAACUCUACCAGCCGAUACUCGACUACUUUAUCCACCGCAACUACCUCAUACUCACGAACAACGAUGACAAAGACAGAACUUUCAAGACCAAUUUGAACGCCAGUGCCAAGAUCAAACUCAUCUCGUGCCUACCGUUGAAGUUCCGCACGCAGCUAUACAGCCGGUACCCGGAGUCGUCCAUCAAGGAGAUUGCCACCGACCGCAACCUCGCCUACAAUAUCAAGCAGUUGAUCACGAGGACGAUUAUUUAUAGUUCGGUUGUGCAAGCGAUCAAGGGUGUGUUUGCAUCGGGGAUGUUAAAGUCGAUGCGGUACGCCUUGGCAAAGCGCAGGAAAAACGGUUUGGGAUGA